UAUAUAAAAUUUUCAUGUCGUUAUUCCCGCAUAAGAACUGGCAUCAAAGUGAGGCUGAAGCAGUUACUCGCAUGCAAAUGUUGGCCAGGACUCAAAGCGAAAGGAGCACAAUGUCGUCCUGUGGACAGCGUGGGCGUGGCAAAACGACAGGCGGCAGUUGUGUCUGUUGGUUGGCAUUACUCCUAUUGCUCAUGCUAGUGCCGGAUUUUAUUGUGGCGCUCAAGGAUGUUUCGGUAAUGAUACCACAGGCGGUAAAGCGAGGCAGCAAUGCCUUGUUCACCUGUAAUUACGAUAUGGAAAAUGAUACGCUAUAUUCGGUGAAAUGGUAUAAAGGCAAGCGUGAGUUUUAUCGCUAUACACCCAAAGAGAAUCCGGCCAUGAAAGUCUUUGCCAUGACAAGUGGCCUUAAUGUGGAGAGAAACCUGUCGAAUCAAAGUCAUGUCGUGCUGCAGUCGGUGCCGCUGAAUAUUUCGGGCAAAUUUACAUGCGAAAUAUCCGUAGAGGCGCCCACUUUUACAACGGCGAUGGUGUCCGGCGAAAUGGAGGUGGUGGAGCUACCGGAGGAGCACACAGUGGUUACCGGAAUUCAGGCACGUUAUCGCAUUGGCGAUUUGGUGGACGGCAAUUGCUCAAUUAAAUACUCGAAACCGGCUGCUAAUUUGACAUGGACUAUUAAUGGUAUUGUGGUGCCACCGCAUCACAUCAAGACGUAUCAGAUUGAGAAACAAGAGAAUACCACAUUGGAGUCUGUCACAAGUGCCAUACAUUUUAUGGUUACCACACAGCAUUUUCUCAAGGGUCAAAUGAGACUCAAGUGCACGGCCAACAUUUUUGACAUAUUUAAGGAGGAAAUCGAGAGCAUUAUCGAGGAGGAUAAGCCCAGAAUUAUGGCCUCAGGCAGAUCAUAUGAUAUGAACAAUUAUCCUUUGGAUGAGCAUGGCAAUAGCAUUGGAGAGCGAGACAGAGAUAGAGGCUAUGAUGAUCAUAAUGAAUCAUAUUUGAAAUACUUAACACCUGAGAGCAGUGCAUCGGGCGCACCAAAAGCUGUACAUGAAAUCUUUUGGCACUUUUGGCUACUGAAGCUUACGGAGCUGUUGCCAGUGGAACAUAUAACAAAGCUUCAAAGACACAUCAACAGGCAGCUGGUGAAUUCUACAAGCACUGUCUAA